AUGGAAAGAAGUUAUACAACGGUAGAUGAACAUCAUAUAUUUUACGAGUGGUUGAUUGAUAAAAUAGAUACUUAUUAUAUUAGAGACGGUGAAACAAGUGAUUUUACUGUAAAUUCAUCAGAAUUCUCAACAGGAGCUAAAAUUAAAGAUAAAUGGUGUGUUCGUUCAAAUAUAUGCAAUAGAUCUACGUGUUCAUUACGUGGUACUGAUGGGUUGUCAUCAAUAGGAUUUUAUUUGGACUUUUUGAAUAAUACUGACGAGCUGGAUCCUUUGAUGAAGAAAAGAGAUGAAUAUUUUCCCAAUAAUACUUUAACAUUUUGCCUUAAUCUUACUGUGUAUGAUACUCCUGUUUCAACUUCCACAAAACUUGAAUUAAAUAUUCCAAUAAAUCAAAUGGCUCACGAUUACACAGAACUUUACAAUACUAAGAUGGGUAGUGAUGUUACCAUAAAUGUGCGUAACACAGAAUUCCGAGCUCAUAGAAGUAUUUUGAUGGCACGAAGUCCUGUUCUGGCUGCAAUGUUUUCUCAUGACAUGAUUGAAAAAAAAGAAAAUAAAAUAUCUAUACCAGACAUUACUCCAGAGAUCUUCGAAAAGCUCUUAAAGUAUAUCUACACUGAUGAAGUAAAUGAUCUGGAUGCGGAUGCUGAACGUUUAUUAGAAGCCGCAGACAAAUAUCAGCUACUGUCACUUAAAAAAAUGUGUCAAGUAUCUCUUAGUAAAACUUUAACUGUUAACAAUGCAUUGAAAAUAAUGACUUUAGCUGAUCUUCACAGCGCCAAACAUCUAUUGGAUUUUACAAAUAAGUUUAUGGCAUCAAAUAUCAAAAAGAUUGUCGAGACUCAAAACUUCAAAGAAUUCAAAAAACGAAAUCCUCCUUUAGCAUUCGAAUUAUUGGAAAAAUUUACAUUUCUCAACUUGUGA